CACACACACACACACACACACACACACACUCUCGCGCACACACUCUCUCAGUCUACAGCUCGGUCCCGUCCCGCCCGGGGGAAGCCGCUCGCGCUCCCAGUGAAUAAUGUGACGGCUCCAUGCGGGACAGACACUCCGCACUGGACUUACCUGGACCGGACACUCGCGUGGACUGUCCCUGUCUCUCUCUCCGUCUCUCUCUCUAUCUGUCUCUCUCUCUCUCUUUACCCCCGUGAGAUGCUGCCAUGUCCCGCGCGCUGCUCCCGCCGCUGACCCCCUGCUGGACCGCGCUGCUGCCGCUGCUGCUGGCGCUCGCGCUCUCGGUCCCCGCCUCCGGAGCGCACAGCUGCCGCGAGGUCAAGACCGCCUUCCAGCUGCGGCAGAUCGGCCCCCUCAAGUGGGUCCCGGAGACCCCCGGCACAGAUGUGGAUCUGCUGGUGUGUAAACACGACGGUCCGUCCUGCUGCACCCGGCGGAUGGAGGAGAGCUACAGGGUGGCGGUGGUGAAGGAGACGCUGCAGAACAUCAGAUCCUACAGCUACGACCUCAAAUCCCUGCUCUCAGCACACGCAGCCGCAUUCCACGAUACGUACCAGUCCCUGUUUAUCUUCUCUCAGGAUCACCUCAGCUCCCUGUUUGAGAGCAUUUACGCCCCGCUGUCUGGCGACAUCUCUCUGCACAUUUCUGCACUGUUUUCAGACUUGUCCCUCUUCAUACGAGACCCCUCGUCCAAUGUCUCGGUGGAGGCUGCCGUCCACCGUUUCUAUGACAACCUCUUCCCUCUUGUAUACACCCGCCUCAUCUACCCUGGUGCGGCGGUGGACGGAACUGAGGGUGACGAGCUCUCCGACUGCCUGAGGAUGACGCGGCAGGACUUGAACCCGUUCGGACGCCACGCCCUGGCGAUGAGCGAGGAGCUGGGGGAGUCCCUGAGGGACGCCAGGGCGCUGAGCCGGGCCUUCGCCGUGGGCGAGGAGCUGAUGAACGGGACGGAGAUGGCGCCGCUGAGCAGAGAGUGCACCCGGGCGCUGGUGAGGAUGCAGUACUGCCCGCACUGCCGUGGACUGACCCUCAUCCGGCCCUGCGGAGCGUUCUGCCUCAACGUGAUGCGAGGCUGCCUGGCCAGUCUGUCCGAGCUGGACAUGCCCUGGAGGCAGUACGUCGCCAUCCUGGAGGAUCUGACCAAGGCCGUGGCCGGAGAGCACAGUCUGGAGCUCGCCCUGCUGGGGAUCAGGGGUCGAGUCAACGAGGCCAUUCUUAAUGCACGACUCCAUGGUCCCAGUCUAGCGGCUACAGUGGAUAAGGUGUGUGGUCAGACUAAGACCCACAGUGUGGAGCCCACCACCAUUAAAACAGCAUCCACAGUACCAGAUUCACCAACACUGUCCACCAACCAGUCCAGCCCUCCAUCCUCGGAACCGCUGGGAAGAUUAUCUCACUUACGCAGUUCCCUCCCCCUCAAACCCGCCAAGAGUCAGAAAGAUAGGAGUCUGAAACAGAUUGCUCGUGAGUUCAUGAACUACAUCGGGCGCUACAGGGCGUUCUUCGCGGCGCUGCCGGAGAUGCUGUGUGAGGGGGAGGUGGUGAGGGAUGAGUUCUCCUGCUGGAGCGGCGACGGCGUGGUGGAGAGUUAUGCAGGGAGGAUUGUGGGUAAUGGAGUUCAUGCUCAGAGGCAGAACACUGAGGUGCGGGUUCGAGGGGCGGAGCCCACGCUGUUAGAAAUGAAGUACAGACUGGAGAACUUCAGUCAGGAGAUUCAGGAGACCAUGCCAGGAAUUGGGUUCAGGGAGACGUGGGAGGACCUGGGUAGUGGAGAAGAUGCCAGCGGGGAGUGUGAUGAUGAGGAUGAUUGCCAAGGGUCCGGAGAGAGCACCUCCAAAAUCUCUCUCACAGACUCCACCGUUACAGAAGUGAUGUGGUCCGCCCCCCAUAAACCUCCAGUUGGACGCUCCAAUCAGGGACGCAGUGAAGCUCCGCCCACUCGGCCCACCUUCACCAUACUCACCAUCCUCACCCUCAGCCUCGGACUACAGUGGACUUUGAACUGAGAGCCUUGCACUUUUUUCUCUUUCACACACACACUGAACACACACACACACACACUCACACACACACACACACACACACACAGGAACUUUGCCUGGCUGCUUGGCGUCCGGCUCUUCUGAUUGGCUGCAUUUUAUUACGACAGCGGCGAACGACGGCCUAAUAUCUGCUUAAAAUGUGCACUCUUUCUUACAUACACACAAACACACACACACUGAACACACUUACACACUGAACACACACACAUACAUAUAUAUUACCCAUCAUAGCAAUACUCAUAAUUCCUUAUAUUCAUAUUUUGCUGCAUUCGUUGUUAGCCGUUAGCCGUUAGCUGUUAGCCGUUAGCUGUUAGCAUUACAAGCUUAAAGUUCGGCUCGACGUGGCUCUGAAUGGCCAUGUGACAUAAAUGACGGCGCGCAUUCACAAUACUUUUCACAGACAAAUGCAGUGGAGUUAAUGGUGAAAUAUAUCAUCUUCCACCAAAGAUUAUAAAUUAAUAUAAAACCAGAUUUCCUGGCUGUUAUUUUUAUAGCCUGCUUUCAGUAUCUGGACAAGCGGUCAGUCUGUUUUUCUCUAUGGAAAGAAAUUAAUAAACCCUCUCUCACUCUAUAAUAUAUGAUAAACUAGUAAAGAAUAAGCUCAAAUGUAUUGUCCUACAUAUAUCAUAUAGGGGAAUGGGGUUCAAUUCCUGUUCUGGGUGACUGGGUGAGUUCUGCACUACACCAAUCCAGGCCUUGGGCAAGACUCCUAACUCUACACUAGAUAAAAACAUCAAAUAAACGCCCUAAAUAUAAAAAUAAAUACAAUAACAGCAACAAAAACGUUUGAACACACCUUAAAUUCAGUGUUUUUUUUUUCAUUAUAUUGAAAUGUUCUGUAUUGUAGAUUAAUACUAAACUCAACUCAUCCAAACUAUGAAGAGAAACAUAGGGAUACAUUUACUAAACAAACCAAUAUAUCUUCAUCUCUGCUGGAUUUUCUCAGUCAGUUUUAUGAGGCAGAGUCACCUGGAUUUCAGGCUUUCAGUUAACAGCUGUGCUGAACUCAUCAAGAGUUAAUUACUUGAAUUUCUUGUCUCUUAAUAAAGUGUUUGAGAGCAUCAGUUAAAGUAAAGUAGCGAAGAGGUAGAGUUACAGGUAUACAGUGAAUAAUAGUGAAUAUUUGAGUAAUGUUCGAAUCCAGAUUAUGAGAAAAAACAACCACUCAACUAAAUAAAGAAUUUUUAAAAAUCUGUAAAAGAAGAAGAAUUUCAGGAAGUUUAAAGAAGUUUUCUCAAGUGCGGUCGCAAGACAAACCAUUAAAAAGAUUACAAUGAUGGAACUGGCACUCAUCAGGACCGCCCCAGAGUAUCCUCUGUUGUACAGGAUUAAUUAAUCAGAGUUUCCAGCCUCAGAAACCACAAGUUAACAGAGUAUUUUUUAGGUUUGUUUAAGACUGUUUUUAAGUUACUACAUGAUUCCUUAUGUGGUCCUUUAUAGUCUAAUAUAUCAUUUCACUAUUAAUUAAUUCAUUUACUAUGUAGGACAUAAAAAUACAUCUGUCUAAAAAUACAAACUGAUACUGUAUUAAGAAUUACGAAUGUUUCUAUCUUGAAAAAACACAGGAGCUCCACUGACUGAUUAAAACCCUGACAACAAUCAGUCAACAGUCAGACGUUUAUUGCUAUCUUCGCAACAUAGGCGCCAACCAGCAGCUCAGUUUCCUCAAAGCUGCGCCACGUUGUUAAGACACGAACGUGCCAAAGUCAGAGCUCACCCGAAUCUCUUAAAGAGAAUGAUGAGUGGCAGAGAGACUCUCUGAUUGGUUUAUUAUUAACCCCACGCAUGAAUUAUUUAAGUAAGAGAAUUAAGAGAGUUCAUGCCUUUUGCGCAUUCGAAGCUGUGCAAGGUGUACUUUUCCCAUCAUUAUGACAGCAAAGGCACACUGACACCACCUAAAUCAAGCUGCAUUAUGGGUGUUCAUAGUGUUUAAGUCACAGUAAAUGUAAAAAAUACUGUGUUUUUUUAAGUGACUAGAUAUAAAUAGGAACUGAAUUUGACAGGGUUAUUACUUGUUUAUUACACAGUCAUAAAUAAAGUUUUAAAAAAGAAAAAUAUAUAUAAAAUAUAUAUAUAACAUCCUGUAAAAGAGACAUAGCUGUUUAUCACAGGGUGAGAUGAUGGGUUGAUUUGGGGUCGAUUAUCGAUUUAUUUCUCAUAGAUAAAAACAGCCUAGACUCAACGUCCAUAUUUGGGCAUGUUGUUGCUGACUACAAAACGAUGCUUUCAUGCAUAUAAAUAAUUAAAAAAAUGUUGUUAUUACACACACACACACACACACACACAAAUGAAAGUGUUAUUUCUUGAGGAAAGUGAAAUAUGAAUGCUAUGCACAGUAUAGUAUGUAUAUAGUUGUGUUUGGUGUUGAUUUUAUAGGGAAAAAAGUAAAGUUACAAUAAGUAAACAAUAACACCAUAAACAAUGGUUUUUGCACCUCAUACAAAUCCUUAACCACAGAACAUAAACCACUUCAUAUUUAGAAAAAUUAGAAUAUCGUCGAAAAGUUACUUUAUUUCAGUCAUUUAUUGAAUAAAAUCUGAAAAAAAAAAAUGUAUAUUAUAUAGACGUAUCAAACUGAGUGAAGCGUUUAUGUAUGUAUGUUAUUGUUGAUGAUAAUUAUGGAUUAUGAUUAAAAAAACUCAAAAAUCAGUUUUUUAAGAAAAUUAGAAUAUUAUAUAAUAAGACCAAUUGGCACUUUUGGGGCAAUGUGGGCAGUGUGCCAAAUCCUGCUGCAAAAUGAAAUCCAGUGCAGUGUUUUGUUUUCCCGCAAAAUACUACAGCGUUCAUGCUUCCCUCUGUUGGGAAAAAAACUUUUAUGCAGUUGCAGAUUUCAUUUUACAGCAGGAUUUGGCUGAAUUUUGGGUUUUCAUUGGCUGUAAGCCAUAAUCAAUCAUAAACAAUAAAAGACAAAAUAAACGCUUAAAAUAGGUACUUUCUAUCAAUGUCAUCUUUAUUAGACGCUAUAACCACAUUCAUAACAUAUUAAAAUGCAUUCCUAAGGCAUUCUAAACAUGGCUAUACAUGUUUAUAAAAAUGCAUAACCCAUAUAUAUAUAUAUAUAUAUAUAGCCAUGUUUGUUAAGCAUUAUGACCUGUGAUCAUAAUACAUUAUAAGCUGUGCUUAUAAUAUAUAAUAUAUAUAUCAUUAAUAAUCUAGUCCUACAAAGAAAGCCUGGCACUUUACUUAGAGUGCACAAAGACCUGUUAUAAUACAUUAUAAUAUAAUAUAUAUAUAAAGUCUGCAAGCAGGGACUGAGUUUCUUGGUAUUGGUGUAUAACAUGUUAUAAACACUACAGCUGUUAAUGCAUUAUUAUCACAGUUCAUGAUGCAUAAUAAACAUGGCUAUAAUUAAUUAUACAUUUUUACAAAUAUGUAUAGCCAUGUUUAUAAUGCCUUAUGAAUGCAUUAUAAUGUGUUAUGAGUUUAUGUUUAUAGAGUCUUAUAGAGAUGACAUUCAUAGAAAGUGUUACCGAACGUUUCAAUGAUAUUCUAACUUUUUGAGAUGCAAUAUCUCCAUAUAUGGAAAUACAUACUUAAAAAACAGCUUCAUUUCUACAUGAUAUUUCUGAUAAAUCUGAUUAUAAUCGCUUGGCUUUAAAUUGCACUGAGGACAAUGAAUGGAGAGCGUUUAAAACAAAACAAAAACGCUGAAUAAAGACAUUUUGGAAUGAAAGGUAUCUAAUGAUGACGUUUCAGUUUGUUUAAAUGGACGAAGAUACCAAUUUGAUUAAAAUAAGCAAUAUUUCUUCA